AUGGCUCUUGUCGCCCAAAGCGCAACUUUCAUCCACCAGUAUAUCUCUUCAUUUCUCCACUCCAAGCCCCGUAAAUCCCCCGAAGCGCUGAAGCUAGGGAUUCUAUCUUCAGCGCAGAUCAAUGCGGCUGCAGUUAUCCAUCCCGCGGAAACACAUCCGGAUGUAAUCUUAUACGCUAUUGCCUCUCGCGACGCUUCGACCGCCGCUCAGGCUGCUAAACAGUACAACAUCACCAAAUCUUAUGGGUCGUACCAGGAACUCUUGGAUGACCCUGCUGUGGAUAUUGUAUAUGUGUCCACCCCUAAUGGGCAGCAUUAUGAAUGGACUUCAAAGGCCCUCCAGGCUGGCAAACACGUGCUUUGUGAGAAGCCGUUCACAUCGAAUGCAGAUGAAGCAAAGGGUUUAGUGAGCCUAGCCAAAGAGAAAGGAUUGACUCUCGAAGAAGCUAGUCCGGCCAGCACGGCAGGAUCUUGCGGACAAAGGCCGUGA